AUGACGCUGGAAGAUGAGCCCCUCAGGUCGGAAGGCGUCCAACAUGCUACUGAGGAAGAGCGGAGGAAAAGUACAAGUAGAUCCAGAGCUGAUGAAGCGGCUGGGCCAAAGCCGAAAGGACGCUCAGUUGCGGAUAUGCCUGAAAGCGAAAGGAAAGUCCAAUGCUGUAAAGAAAAAUAUUGUAUAGGAACCUGGAAUGUAAGAACCAUGAACCUGGGUAAGUUAGAUGUGGUCAAAAAUGAGAUGGCAAGAAUAAAUAUUGACAUCCUGGGCAUCAGUGAACUAAAAUGGACGGGAAUGGGUAAAUUCAGUUUGGAUGACCAUCAUAUCUACUACUGUGGGCAAGAAUCCCACAAAAGAAAUGGAGUGGCCCUCAUAGUCAACAAAAGAGUGGCGAAAGCUGUACUGGGAUGCAAUCUCAAAAAUGAUAGAAUGAUCUCGAUACGAAUCCAAGGCAGACCUUUUAACAUCACAGUAAUCCAAGUUUAUGCACCAACCACUGGUGCUGAAGAAACUGAAAUUGACCAAUUCUAUGAAGACUUACAACACCUUCUAGAAAUGACACCAAAGAAGGAUGUUCUCAUUAUAGGGGAUUGGAAUGCUAAAGUAGGGAGUCAAGAGAUAAAAGGAACAACUGGCAAGUUUGGCCUUGGAGAUCAAAAUGAAGCAGGGCAAAGGCUCAUAGAGUUCUGUCAAGAGAACAAGCUGGUCGUCACAAACACGCUUUUCCAACAACACAAGAGACGACUCUACACAUGGACAUCACCAGAUUCCCGACAUGUCACGCUUUGCUCCACCUCGCUGGAAAACAUCGCGUCCAUCCCCUGA